AUGCUACAAAUUCUAAUUUCCUAUUUUUUUCUGUUUUUCAUUCACAACUACGAAGCCUAUCCUGAGUGCCCGAAUGGAGCGGUGAACGAUGGAACUCUUUGUUAUAAGAGGUUGCCAGACCCGUGGGAGUCGAACUACGCUGAAGCGGAACUUGGAUGUAACUUAACUUAUGGAGGGAAUCUGAUGCGAAUCGGGAAUGCCCUAGCAAACUCUAUUGCUUGUGACUUGGCCGACAAGAAAAGAGCCUCUGUCGGUACGGAUAUCUAUGUCGGAGCUCGCCGUAUUAACAAUGUUUGGUCGUUACCUGAUGGAUUGCCGCUUCCGUACAUAAAUUGGUAUCCAGGUCAACCAGAGAACACUUCUGGAUAUGAUUGUGUAAUGUUGGGUCUUUAUCACUCUAGCUGGUAUGCCACGACGUGCGAUCAAUAUGCAAGAAACAUUUGUACCUUUCCAAUCAAGAAA